AUGCCUGUGGAGGUGCCACUCCCAGCCGGUAGUCAUGGACACUGUUGUCCCUGUACCACAGGAAGUGACAUAAUGUCGGAAGAGGAUGAACGUCGAGUCGCUACCCAGUCUGUGAACAGCCCCUUGGGAUUGGACCUUAUCCUAGAGCACACUGAGCCGCUACUUUCCGAGUCCCACUUCCUGCCUCUACUAGAGAUCAGUGAGGAGCCCCAAGACUGUCUGACACUGGGAACCUACUUGAUCCAAGAUGGAAGCCCUUCUCUGGAUGGAUGUGUCCAGUGAGUGUGUAUCUGUUAAGCCCCUUUCUCAACUCCUCAACACAUUUGUUUUCUCUUCUGACCCCAAUGGGGUUUUCUCAAGUGUAUUUGCUGAUUUUGAAGGAUUAAGACCUAAUUAACAUGGACAGUUAAUUAAUGGAAUGUAGAUUGUAUUGAUCAACAGCCGAUACUGCAGUCUCUCCUAGCAGAGAACCAUACUACCCUAAGCAAUGUGCUUUUCCGUUUACGAGUCUGGCCUUUUGUUUGUUUAUCUCGCAAAGGUUGGAAAGAAAAUGGGCACUAUGGCAUGAAUUCAUGAAGGAGUACUGCUCUCUCGGCGACUGGCUCCGAUUGGCUGAGAAGUCUGCCGACUCCCCCAGAUCUGCCCAUGUGCUCUUUGUCACUGCCAAGGAGGAACUCAAGAAGUUUGAGGUAAAAGAGACCAGAUCAGACCAUCUAAUGGCCAUCUAAAGCCCCAUGUUGGUGUUCAUGUCCUCAGUCAUUGUUAUUACAAAUUUAAUAGAGAUGUUAUUACGGAACUGUUUUGUUCACCUGUAUAAUAGAAGAACAAGUAUCUCUCUUUUGUUCUAUCUAAACCCCCAGCUGUUGUGCUCUCCCCUUCCAGAGCCUGAGGACCCAGGCUGGGGCUCGGCUGGUGCAGCUGGACAGCCUGACCCUUAGGAACAGGACCUUAACCAGGCUCUUUGAUGGGGCCAUGCGUUCACGCCUGAUUGGCAUGGCCAGGGACUGUGGUCAGCGCUGGGACCGCCUACAUGGAACCAUUGAGAGAGUCUGCCGCAGACUCAAGGUAAUAUGUGCAAGAUACAAGAUACUCCCUUCCUCCAUCACACAGAUAUCUAAGACAGUGAAUAUAGGGGACGCUAUAUCCGAUUUCUCCCAAAUGUAUUCAGAUGCCAGCAUUGCUCGGAGGACAAACUGCCUUCACCUCUCUUGGCCUGCAAUUUUUUAUUUUCUCCUCUUCCCCCCUCUCUCGCUUCACGUGCUCUCUUUCCUACCCCGUCUCCUCCUGCCCCUCCCCCAGCACUGUGUGUCCCAGCGGGAGGAGUUUGAGGGCCAGAGGGAGGAGAUGGCUGUGUGGCUUGCUGACAUGGACCUUAGGCUGACCGAGGUGGAACACUUCUCUGGAAGGGACACCUGUGACAAGAUGCGGGAGCUGCAGGUAACGGACCUGGCCUAGGACUGUACUGGACAGGACUGACCAGCCAAGUAAUCUGACCACGCAGUCAGUGGUCCUCACUCAUGCCUAACAUAAUUUUGCUAUGCAUCUGCUUUACCUGGUCUUUUAUCUGUAAUUCCCAUUAACUGUCCCUUUCACAUUAGCCUGACUUGCUUCUACCUGAUUCCAGUACCUAUUCUUAUGGCCUUUCCCCUGGUAAAUGUGUCCUCCCUGAUUGGCUGUGCGGUGUGUGUGUGUGUGUGGCCUCAGAGCUUUCAGGAGGCAGUGGGGGAGAAUGCGGUGCGUCUGAACGGUCUCCUGGAGCGGGGCGAGGCGCUGAUCCAGAGGAGCGAGCCAGAGGAUGCCCAAGACAUUGAGGAGGGGCUGCAGGAGCUGCUGGUCUACUGUGCCCACGUAUUUGAGGGAGUGGGCCGUCUGCACACUCGCCUGCUCAGCAUGAGACUGGUAGGCUCUGCUUAACCUUUAUCUUUAACUGCACCAGCCACUCUAAGGCCCUGCUUUUCUGCACAAUUACGUCACUCUUCUUCUAAGCUUCUGUCCACCGUUCUGAAAGGGCUAUAUGGAUUAAAGGAAGCUAGUGAAGAAAGGAGAGGUGAUUUUGGGUUGUGGAAUAUGCCCAUUUUUCUCUUGGCUCUGAUCAGCUGUUCCAGGCCAAACACUGAGAACCACUCUACCAUUAGUGUGUUUUAUAGCAUCCUUAUAGUUCUUCUCUUCCAUUUAUACCUCCUCCUUUCCUCCCUCUCCCUAUCUGCCCUACCUCAGGUGUUUGAGGAUGACUGGGUACUGACUCAAGCCUCUGACUCCGGCUGUCCGUCUGAGAUCCUGUUGGAGCAGGAUGGAGUUUUUGAGAAGAGCAGUGCCCCAGACCAGCAGAACCCCCCCAACCUGGACCACAUGGUGCUGGAGUGGGACCCCUCCGUUGACAUCGGGGGCCCCGUCUCCCAUGACGACGCUGACUUGUCAUAUUUCAGCGCCAACACAAGUAGGCAAUGAAAUAAUUUACUAUGGAUUUUAAAAAGGUUAAUGACGCUGAUGGAAUAAUCCACUUGUUCUAUCCUCGACUAUUGUGAUGCCAUGACAACAUUUUAAAUGAUUAACGCUGUCAUUGUUUUCGAUGUGUGUCGGUGAGGCUUGGCACCAGAUUUGAGGUGUGCUUGUGUCAUUCAAACAGAUAGAGAAAAGCCAUUGGCCAGAGAUGGUGUGAAGAGGCGGACUUACCUCAACUCCAUAGGCUCUCAGUCUGAAAUAACUAACAGAGCAGCAGAGGAAAUGGUGAGUAGACUGAGCUCCUCCUACUGAUCUGUAUUCUGGCGCUUCGCUCGGCCACACACAGGUCGACAUGUUUUUGCAAUAUUAUCAGGAAUGUAAACUUGUGUUCAACCGGCAAAGGAAUUUGAAUAAUUCAUUGGACAGUGUAUACUGAAGUAUGUGCAUCCACUUGUCAGGGUGAAACAAAUGAUCCAUUGAAAUUAUGAUGAGGCACAAUGUUCUUCAGUUUGAUUAACAAGGAGUUAUUGUGUGUGCUGUGUGUGUGAGAGAGGUGGAGAAUGUGUGUGUGAGAAAAAGCAAUCUUAGCUCUCUGUUUCUAGUUAAGUCUAAAGCCAAUACUUCCAUUAUCAUCGUUGUCAGUAGCGAGAAGUUUUGUUUUGCUGGUCUGACUAAUAUAGUACUGAUUGUGUUGCACUGCUGUUGAACUCCAAACCAAAACCCAUUGGAAUUAAUAGUGAUACAGUAGUGUAGGACUGAUUUUUAGCAUCUGAUUAAGCCAGCAAUAUAAAGACAUCAAAGCCUCUGAGGGUUUUUGCAUAUUAAAGCAGAAAAUCUCAAUGAAAUGUGUUUGUGUAAUGUUACCUGGAAUUAACUAUCUAUCCUCACUUGGUUGUGGCUGGUGUUUCCAGAGGCCGGAGAGGAGGUUUGAGUAUGCAGGUCCAGAGUUGUUCUCACCUUCCACGACCCAGAGUGUCCGAGAUGGCAGACCUCUACUCUCUGGCCACUGGAUGACCUCCACGCCCGACGGACCCUCCCCGGAGCCUGUAACCUUUGACCCUGCUCGCAUCAGCGCUUGGCUGGGACAGACGCACAGCCACACCGUCCCCUCGGUCCAACAGCACAGAGCCUGCUCCAAGGCUGUCCAGACCGACAGUACUCGGAAGGUACGCCUUAAACCCAGUAAAACUCCUCUGCCUUUUAACAAACUGAUCUAGUGUCCCCUCUGACCCAUAAUAUCUCCUCCAAAUUAGAAUUCAUCAUAGUCUCAGUUAAUUGGUGGAAAUAAUGACUUAGACAGAAACCCUCUGAUCCUUUGAGGACAUUCGACUUGGCCCACACCCAAAAAAUAAUAGCCGCUGCAGUCUGAAAUGAGUAUAGUUGGAGGAAUGAGCUGCUAGCAACAGUAGCCUUCAUUGAGCAGCAUACUGCAUCACUUGACCAUCUUCGCAUCUGUGUAGCUUUCUGGAACGGCAGAGAAAUGUGCCCUGGAGCCUCCACAAGACUCCUGACCUUCCACACUGAUUAGGUUCUGCUUGUGUUCCUCUUUAGUACCAUUGAUCCAGAGAGGAGCAUGUACAGUGAGACAUACUGUACACACAAGUGUUUGGGUCUAUGCAGACCUGCUUCGUGGAAAAGGCUCACUUUUACUGUGAAAAGCUCUAGGAAUCGACUUUUCCAUGCAGUAUUUGCAAAAAUGCAUGGAGAAUUCACUGCAAGUGGCAUCAUGGAAAAGUCAAUAUCCAUAGAAUCAUGUAAAUCUAGUUUUGUGGUCCUCUGUAGCUCAGCUGGUAGAGCACGGCGCUUGUAACGCCAAGGUAGUGGGUUCGAUCCCCGGGACCACCCAUACACAACAACAAAAAAUGUAUGCACGCAUGACUGUAAGUCGCUUUGGAUAAAAGCGUCUGCUAAAUGGCAUAUUAUUAUUAAAUCGAACACUCAGUGUUUUGUGUCAUUGCAUGCAGCUUUAAAUUCAUUGCCCCCUAUUUUGGGUGUCAAAUCGCCUACAAAGUGUCUAUUUUAUACAUUGUUUAGCUCGUAAACAAAUCAAUAAAAUGGUGAUUUAUAAAUGUAUCGGUGUAGCAGAGGCUACGUUUUUAAGUGUCACCAAAACAAAAACGGCCGAGGAACAUUUAUUUCUAAUUAAGCUGUCUGAAGCCCAGCCUGACUUAAGCAUUCUGUUCGCCAGAGGGGGACACGUCCAUAAGAAAGUGAAUCGCUGUGCUGAUGGAAAGCCUGAUUUCACUGCAAAGCCUCAAACCUUGUAGAGGAACCAUUUCCAUUUCAAAGGGGCUCUUGUCAUUUCUUUGCGCUCGUGGCUUAAUUGUCAGCUUUACAGGGACGGCGGAGAGCCCUGGCGUUAACUGGCUUUUUAAUGUCUGUUGUAAUUGCAGGCGAGUGCAUAAAGACAAGACACAGCAUAGGUCACGAGCGCUCGUCAGAACCCAGUGAGUGGAUUAAGGGAGAGGUGCUGACGAGGGGCUGAUGGGUCGGUCCCAUGAGAGAGGGGGUGUGUGUGUGUGGUCUGUGUGUGUGCGCACGGCAACCUCAUUGGACCACAUCUCUAAGUUUCUUUUGAUUUACAAUUGGCCUUUGUUGCAUAGAGACACUGUCAUGUAGAAUGGUUCUAGCCUGUGCCGUAACCCAAACUGCUCUGUGUAUAUGUGUCAGCGUGCUGGUUGCUCUGAGGGAAGCCACAGUCUCGGGGACAUCCCCGUUCAGACACACCCCCAGGAGCUGUGUUUGGCCCCCUGCACCUCACAGUCAUGUGACCUCCAGCUCCAGUCUGAUAGGAUGACUUGUAGACUUCAAUCAAACCCACAGGUAACAGUAUCACAUUAUUUAUCAUUGCCAUAACUGUUAAUGGCAGCUUGUAAAAUGAAGUCUAUUCAUCUGUUGUGUCUUCAAUGUACUGAAGAUGACGGGUUGUAUUCAGAUCACAGAUCACACUAAAAGUUCAAACCUUUGCCAGCUGCCUUGUAAAAAGUUGUAUAGGCCUACAGAGCAGAGGCCAAAAUGAAUGCAUCCUCUGUCGGGUUGGCUGUGUGUGUGUAUGUGUGUGUUUGUACACAAUCCCUCUCUCUGUUGAUUCCUCUGUUUCUCUGCCAGUCUCGAGAGGAAGAGCCGCGCUGCAAUGCCUCAUGGGAGGUGGUUCAUAGUCAGCAAUGGUGAGUAAAGUCUUAUUCACGUGGAAACUAUGGCUGCCUUUAAACAGGCAGACCAAUUCUGAUCUUUUGCCCAAUUAUUUGUAUUUUGACCAAUCAGGUCUUUUGCCAAUAAUUGGGCAAAAGAUCAGAAUUGGUCUGCCUGUGUAAACACAGCCUAUAUGUUUUAAUAUUCAAUGCUUUGGUUCAACUUAUUACUGUACUAUCAUCGUUUUUACUUAUUAUACAUAGAUACACUGCAAAUACCUGUCGUGACAUUUCACAUUUGAUAUUCCAAUCAAUACCAAUUAGACUGUGAUAGCUAAUCUCACUUCUCCAUGUGAAAUUUUAAACAUCACACACUCCCAGUCCCCAAGGUCAAAAACAACCCCUGACUUAAAUGAUGCUGAGACUGUAAUUCUAUCACACACCUUCUAUCCAUUUCCCCACUCCUCCUGUAGGCCAAAUGAGUGCCCUAACAGACAAACCCAGUGCAGCUCAUGGGCCGUGUGGGUACUAGAGACUCUGAGGAGCCCAGUGUUCCUGGUCGUCCUGCUGGCUGUGUUUCUAGCCCUGCUGGUCUGGUCCACAGCACUCCUCAUGGACCCAGAGUGCCACCGCUCCAACUCCCUGGCCCGCUCCUUCCAACUGGCUCUGCGCUACGUCAACGGGCCCCCGCCAACCUGAGGGACAAAAGUGUCCCAGAAGGUUGUCACAGGGGGCACAACAAACCCCUGGUGAGCCCGGAACACACCUGCUUUAGGGGGGACAGUCCCAGAAUGCCUUUGCAUUUCAAAGCCAUGAGUAAGGCAUUAACAAGGAGGCCGUAUGAGAGAUUAAGAACUAUUGGGCCCAAUCAAAAUGUGGGCUUGGUAUUUAUUAUCUGAAUCCCUGCACCAGCCUGCUGGCAGAAGUGGCUCAUUACUUAAUAGGCCUCAUUUAUAACGAUCUCUAAUGGCAUUCGUAAUAUGUCUUACUGUACCAUGGUAGCACUUUUGUUGAUGGGUUUGUAACUUAUUUAUGUGGUGACUAUAGUCUAUAUGGAAGACUUAAUAACGGCAAAUACUUUGAGCAUUUCUCUUUGGGCAUUUGAUAAGACAGUACAAAUUAUCUGUAUAUCAAUAUGUAUUAUGUCAAAUGUAUUAUGUCAAAGCUAAAGAGAGCUUUCAAUUUAUCCUGCACUCUAUAUUGUGAGAGCUUGGGACUAGAAGGUUAUAUCUGCAUUUUAGUCAAAAUUGAGUUAUUGACAGCCUUGUUCUGAUCAAUGUUCUUUACCUAUAUAGUACUCUAAAUACC